AUGGAGGCAGAUUCGGUGAGAAUCAAUGAACUGGUACGGUACCUGAAGGAUGGCAUAGUCAAUACCGAUGUGAAUGAUUCUGUUGAAUAUGAAUCUCAUGAGCCUUCUGAUGAUGAUGAAUGUCAACCUACGUCAGAUUGCUAUACAACAGAUUCCAGUAGCCAAGAUUCAUCGAUAUAUGAGAGUGAUGUACCAUUUGAUCUCAGUGAAUGGCUAAUAAUUGAUUCAAGAUCCAACCGUCGUAGAUCGCCUCUAAUCCUAGAAUUUCUUCGGCUUCUACUUGAAAAACCACGCUAUUCAUCUUAUGCAUCAUACACGAAUUCAUCACUUGGAAUAUUUCAGAUUUAUAAACCAAAUGAGGUGGCUACUCUUUGGGCCCGAGUUAGGUCUCGACAGUCAUCUCGAGUAAUGUCGUAUGAUAAAUUUGCACGCGCUAUUCGACAUUAUUAUCAAUACAGUGCUAUGAUCAAAACGAACAGUCGAUAUACAUUUCAAUUCGGAACAGUAACAUCAGGGAUUGAGGACAGAAAUAAUCACACCAGUUGA